ACAGUUGAAAACUCCAGAAAGGAAAUCACCUAAGAUCCCUGUCUUUGGGAAAAGGAAAGGUUCUAAAUGGGGAGGUGAAAGGCCUGCAAAGAAGAAGAAAAAUGAUGAAGAGAUUCGAGAAAAAUUGCUUGCUGAUUGGGAUGAUGAAGAUGAAGAACAGGAAGAAAAAGAAAUUGAAUUAAUUAAACAAGAACUGUGUAAAAGUGAGUUGGUUAGCAUGCAUUCAUCUGAUGUAACUCUUGCAAGUGAGAGCAUGGAAGAUACAAAAGCUGGUGGUUCAGAAGAGAAUGUGAAACCUAAGAAAAUUUCUUGCUUUGAUUUUGAUGAUGCAGAAGAUGCUAAUUUAGGCAGUGAAUUGGAAGAAAGAGCCAAGAAAUUUGUAGAGAAUAGGAAAAUAUCUCGAAUAGUAGACGAUAAAACUGAAGCACUAUCAAAACGCUGGAAUGUAGCAGAUGAUAUAAAACCUCUCCCACCCAUCCCAAAAGUAGAACCAUUGACAGAAACAUCUGCAGUAGAAACAAUCAAGACAGAAAUAGAUGCACCCUCCGUUGUUUCCGAGGACAUCGAUACCGCAUUUAAGACCCUGUUAGAAGAAACAACUGUACCAGCCCUACCUGAAGUUCCUGAAUUGCCCAGUACUAAUGUUACCAGUCCUGUGCUUGAAGUUGGCAGCUCUUCUUCUCUCCCAGAUGUUGUCCUCAACAGCAACAACAGCCACACUGUUCUUGAUACAAACAGUUUUGUACCUACUGUGUCAGAGUUGACGAAUGUUGAAAGUAGUGGUGGUGACCAUGAUUAUAGUAUCAAAAAAGAAGAGGAGGAGUUGCAGGGAAAGCCAGAAGAAAGCAAACUUGGAUCUAUAAAAGUAGAUGAUUCUGAACCUCAGGGUACAGUAAGAAAUGCCCAUACCGCUUUGGAAGAUGAAGACAUGGAGCUGGACAUAAAUUCUAUGCCUGUGGUUAUGACUGAUGCCAUAAUCACAGAAGAACCUGAGGCCAAUAAUAUUGCAGGUGUUUCUGUGCCAAUGAUAGAUUUGAUUCCAAGUUCAACAGAGUCUCAGCCAGCAAGUAUAAAUGAAGGUGGUGCAACUGUAACGAAUGUUACCACUGAUGUGUCAUCUUCUAAAACUUGUGUUGUUGUAUCAAAGAGCAGUUUACAGGUUUCAGGCAACAGUGGCAGUGCCAAUAUGAAAGCAGCACAAGGCAUCCCUGUAAAGACUGUACAAGUGCAGCAGUCUGCAGCUGCUCCAGCUUCAAGUACGGCUGUUGCUGCAGUUACAAGUGCGGCUGUUUCUGCCAUAAGCAAACUGAAAGGUACAGGAGGGACUACAGUAAUAUCCAAGAAAGGUCAUGUUGGAGGAAAACUGGUUAUUGUGCAGGCCUCUCCAGGUCAACAAUCAAGGUACACUGUUGGGAAAACAACACAGCAGAGAGUUACACAGCAGCACAUAAUGCAACAGGCAGUUGGAGGAAGCAAAGUUGUUAUUUUAACCAAACCACAAGGCAGUGGUCAGCAGAAGAUUCUUACAACUGCACUUUCUCCACAUCAACAAAGAAUUCUGACUGCAGGUGGAAAAUUGCAGGCUCAGCCUCAGCGUUUAGUGACUAGUACUGGUGCAAUCCUAAACCCAAGAAGUGUUGUGACCAAAGGUACAAAAUUAACGCCAAUAAGUCAGCAGCAGAUGAGGGCUCUGCAGAGUGGGAAACAAACUCUUGGGACAAAAUUUACAAUGCAGAGCACGCAAGCAAAGGUAAUUUUACCAACAAUGCAGAAGGCUUCUGUAGCACAGGGUUCUCCAGUGAGAGUUAUUGGUACCCUGAAACCUCAGUCAAAUACAAUACUCAUUCAGACAACGCAAGGAACCACAGUUUCAGGAACUGUUCUUGGUAAACCUGUAGCAACAACUAUUGGACAGUUACAGGCUAAUAUUAGCACAUCUCAAUCCAUAACAAGACUUUCAUCUCCAAAACCAAAAAUGUUGACAAAUCCUGGUAUUGCCUCUUCUGUGCAGAGAGUUUCUGUAUCAACUACUGGUGGAUCAAAAAUAGUUCAGAGUGCACAGACUCAAUCAAAAGUGUUUCAAAUAAGACCAACAGUUUCACCAGGCAUGGUUGUACAAAAGGUACAAAGCCCAUUGCCUGCCAAAGCUGGCAGCGUUGGUUUACUAACAAAUGUGUCACAGGUGAAGAAAGUAAGUGGCAUUUUCCCUAGAGCACCAUCCAUACAGAAACUAAGUCAGACCACCAGCCAAAAAAUGUCUGCAUUACAGUCUGUUCAGAAAGCAGUUACUUCAUCACAAACCACAAAAAAUUCUGUACCUCAACAAAGAAUAUCAGAUGUGAACAUUGCCUCAAAACAAAUUCCAGUUGUAGUCUCCACAACAAAUCUACAGUCUAAUGCAGAAAUCUCAAGUUUGCAACCAUUACAGCCCUCUGUUACAGUUGCACUAAGUAUACAACAAAACUUGGUUCUUUCCACUCAGAGCAAUAUCAAAACAGCUGAUAUAUCUGUCGGUCAGGGCAGCACCAUAAGCUUGCCUAGUCUCCAACCAACUUCAGUGGCUGGAACAUCAGUUCUGACCCCUCAACAAUUAGCACAAGUUGUAGCAGCUACACCUGCAGAGCAGCUGGGAGAUAGUGGCACUGCUACCUAUGUAUUAGUAACAAUUGAUGACCCUGGCACUCUGCAAUCAUAUGACAAUUCUACACUUCUGACAUAUGAUGGUGGUUCCCAAGUUAGUGAGGGAGCUGCACGAACCCUCUACAUUGAUCCUUCAUCUAUAAGUGCAACUGGGGAUCUUGAGAACAUCAUUCUGGCUAUAGAUAACUCUGCUUCAAGUUCAGGAACUGUUUUGAACCUCGGACAAGCAAAUACAAUGCCUGUAAAUCCUGUAACAAGUAUUGCAGUGGAGAAUUCUUCAGCUUCAUCUGUGUUUAAUAUUGUAUCUGCUCCUCAUGUCUCGGGCACUACUGCAACACAGUCCAGCAGCCCCAAUCAAGAUAUUUUAGCAGAAGCUCUGGCUAAUACACAAGUCUUCCAACCUGAUAGUGCAAUACCAGAUUCUCUUACAGUAGUGAACAGCAGUCAGUCUACUGUGAUGACACCACGACUUCUUGAGCCACCUUCUCUUUUAACAUCGUCUCCUUCUACCCUUCAUCAGGCCACGAUGUUAUUGCCUUCUUUGUCAUCAGUACUCCCACCUCCAUCAAAUACUGCUGGUGUACUGGAAACUUCACUAACUCUGAAUCAACCCAUCAUGUCUCCUCUAGAAGUACCUUCUACUGUUCUUCCAACAUUGCAGGCUCCUCCUACAGUUCCUGCUUCAUUGGAAUUACCCCUUACUAUUACUCAGCCAGCCCUUUCUGUAACCUCACAGUCAUAUCCCAGUAUUCCUGUAACUGUCUCUUCCCAUAAUUCAUGCAGCUUGUCAGAAAACACCACAGCAGAAACUGUAGUUUCCAGUUCAAGCAUGUCAUUAACCAUGAUUGAACGAAGUACAGAUUCUGCAGCUAAUUUCAAUCCAUCAAUGCCCCUCUUAUCUGAAGAAACAGAUUCCCAGAGUGAAAUUGACGAUGGUUCGCCAGUUGUGCCACCAAAUUCAGGUUCACCAGCCAAGCCUGAAAGCCAUUCAGACACUUCAUACAGCCAAGACCCUGAAAAUAUAUCUGAUGGUGUGAUACAAGACGCAGUAAGCAGUCAUGUUGAAGAUGUAAUAACAUCGUCUGCUACAGGACACCCUGCUCUGACUUCUUACACUGUUGUCCCAGAAGGUACAUGUCAGGACAAAGAGAAUCAUAUGAAUGAGUUAUCUGACAUCCAAAGUUCAUUAGACCUGACAUCACACCAUCAACACUCAGGAAGUACACUAGAGACUGUGGCUCAUUCUAACGAGAGGCAGACAUUGCCCGAAAUUCAGUCUGCAUUAGGGCAAACUGUCUCGAUUGUGCACGAUCAUGUCUCGGGCAGUGGUGACAUUCUGGAUUCAACACUAACCCAUUGUAAUUCAACACCUGAAGGCACUUCAGAAGCUGCUGUUGAGGACAACAGUACUUCAGAUACUAAUCAUUCCUCAUCAAGUCACCUUGCCUCAGAUCAUAGUUCAAAUACUUCUUAUGAUCAUGUCUCAGAAAGCAUCUCUGAACUAUCAGGCCCAUUAGCCAGUUCACAAACUGAGGUUGCUGCAACCCUGCCAUCAUUUACUGAAAUUACAGAUGGCAUGACUGAUAUUUCAGAUAAUGCCAUUCAUAAGUUGGGGAUGAACCCUACAACAUCUGAUGAGACCACUUUUGAAAACAAUUCUGAAAUACCAAGUGACUCUUCAUCCUCCCAGUUGCAGGCAGACCGUCGGUCAGCAACAUCAGAUGAAUAUGUUCGUCACGCAUGUUAUUUGCAAAUACCAGAAAGUACUAGUGCUGAAGAGAAAAUUGUGACAAAUAAUUCAUCUGAAGAAAUUCUGGAUUCCUCUCAGAUUACCUGUAAUACCCAAGAUCUGACUAGCUUUCAUAAGGAUUUUGAAGAUACCUCUGAGGUACCUGAAGCAACUUCUGACCUAGAGACAGAGAAAGAAGUCACUUUCACUUCUUAUCCUACAGAGAGUAUGUCCAGUAAUGUCACAACAGAUAUUGUACCUUCAGAAUCUAUUUGUAAUGUACCCCAUUCAAUGCCCUUGCUUGUGGAUGAGCCUAUGACCGAGAUGUCAAGUGACUGUAUAGAGCCAGAGCAGGCAUUGGGCAGAAAGAGUCCCUUGAGGGAAGAUGAUAUGGAAAUAACUGAAGAAAUUGGACUUAAACAAAGAGAAAGGUCAAAAGACCAGGGGUUUCUUUCCACAAAAUCUGUCCCUUGCCCAGAUUUGCAUGUUGAUGAAAAGGCUGAUUCAGAAGAACAGUUAAUUCCUGCAUUUUCAUCAAUCCAGGAUAGUAAAAAAAAAAUAUUUAUGAAGGAUGACAUUGUGUGGGUGCUCUGCAACAAGGUGUAUUGGCCAGCUGUUGUUACAAAUGUCAAUAAAAAGAGGAGAAAAGCAUAUAUCAAGACAGUUAACAGUCCCCAGGAGAUAAAAGCCAUCCAGAUUGGCUUCAGUUCACUCAUAGAUUUUGAAGAUGGGAAAAGAAACAGACAACUGUUUGAACUGGGCAAAAGAGCCUGUAGUAAUUUUCAGUCAGUAUAUGACAAAGUUAAGCAGUUUUAUGUAAAAAAGCAUCACCAGCACAAUCUGUCUGCUGCUCGCUACUUGACUUUUGAUCCUAGUGACAUACUACAUGGAUCAAUACCAGAUGCAGAUGUGUCAGAAAAUUCUAACAGUACAUUCAGUGAACAACCUGAGUGUCCACUGUCUGGAAAAGAGAUUAAAUCUGAUUCAGAAAAUGCUUCAGAUGGUUCUGUCCCCAUACAGAAAUCUCAACAGUCUUAUUCUGCAGUUGCUGAAGAUGAUAUUACUCCAUGCUGUAGCACAGUGUUGUCAAAAGAUGAGCUCAGACAAAAGUAGCAGGAAGCCAGGAAACUGCUGAGGGUAAUACAGAGUGAUACUUGUUGGAACCACCUGUGCAGGAUAUACCAU